GAUACUGCCAUGGAUUCCGCACCCCCUGGUCCUGUGUACCUCGCCUAUCGGGUGCCUGCUUUGCUGGUACCCCUAUGUGCUUUAUAUGUCGCGAACGAUAUCGCCGAACGUGCUUACGGACUUCGAGUCUCAGGGUGGCUCCUGACGCUAUUAUACGUCGUCGCAAUUCCUAUCUACGUGAUUGUGUCUUCCAGAGUGAAUGAAUAUUUGGACAACAGGGCGGCAGCGGCGGUGGGAGCUGUUGUGCCCACAAAGUUGGCGCAUAGGUGGCCCCUUGGUCUGGAUAUCAUCAAGGACAAUAUCACUUCAUUCAAAGAAAACCUUCCAAGUGAUAAUCUGCUUCGGUACACGGAGGAGUAUGGAAACACAUUUAAUUUUCGAAUUCUUGGCGAGAAUCGAGUAGUUACAAUAGAGCCGGAACAUAUCAAGGCACUCUUGGCAACGGAGUUCAAUAACUUCGAGAAGGGCCCCGUAAUCAAAAGACAGUUGAAGUCUGUGCUCGGGAGCGGCGUGUUCAGCUCAGACGGCGAGAUGUGGAAAUUCCACCGCUCGAUGACCCGGCCCUUUUUCACCAAGGACCGUAUCAGCCACUUCGACAUCUUCGAGCGCCACGCGGAAGACGCCAUCGACCAGAUGAAGGCACGCUUCAAGGAGGGCUUCGCGGUCGACUUCCAGGACUUGAUAGCGCGGUUCACACUGGACUCGGCGACGGAGUUCCUCUUCGGUCACGAUGUACACUCCCUCUCCGCGGGGCUACCGUACCCCGAAUCGGCGGUGGAGGCCAAGUACGCGAACGAAGCAAACUUGAAGCACCCAUCGACGGCCUUUGUCAAGGCUUUCGCCGACGCCCAGGCGAAGCUUGCCAUGCGAGGGCGCUUUGGCUCUGCGUGGCCGCUCACCGAAUUCUGGGAGGACUCGGCGAAGAAGUGCAUGGGGCCGAUAAACGCAUUUAUCGAGCCGAUCCUGCAGGAUGCUCUCGAGAGGAAGAACAACGACAAGGCAGGAGCGGAGGCCGAGGGUGCGGACAGGGAGGUGAAGGACGGGGAGACGCUGUUGGACCAUCUGGUGCAUUGUACUGAAGACCAGACUAUACUGAAAGACGAGAUUCUCAACAUGCUUGUAGCUGGCCGUGAUACGACGGCGGGCACUUUGACGUUCAUGGUCUACAUGCUGUCACAGCAUCCAGACAUCCUCCGCCGCUUAAGGGAGGAGAUCCUUACCAAGGUCGGGCCAUCAAGGAGGCCUAACUACGACGAUGUCAGGGAGAUGAAGUACUUACGUGCAGUUAUCAACGAAACCUUGAGAUUGUUCCCUAUUGUUCCAUUGAAUGGCCGCACGGCGAUCAAUCCGACGGUCUGGCCCUCAAAGAGGUCGGACGGUAAACCAUAUUACAUUCCGGCUGGAACGAGGGUGCAAUAUUCAGUCAUGCUCAUGCACCGCCGGACGGACCUCUGGGGUCCUGAUGCUUUGCAGUUCGACCCCGACAGGUUCAUCGACGAACGCCUGCAUAAAUAUCUGACGCCGAACCCUUUCAUUUUCCUGCCUUUCAACGCCGGUCCGAGAAUAUGCCUGGGGCAACAGUUCGCAUACAACGAGAUGUCUUUUAUGACGGUCCGCCUCCUCCAACAUUUCUCCGGGAUCUCCCUGGCACCAGACGCGCAGCCCGAGUCCUCGAAGCCGCCGGCAAGCUGGGCCACCGGCGAGGGGCGGAAGCCUGCGGAGAAGAUACGACCAGCGCAGCACUUGACCCUUUACGCUACGGAUGGGCUGUGGGUCAGAAUGACCGAGGCGAGCGAUGACAGUACUGCCUGAAAGUGUCUGCGCGGACACAAUUGCCUUCUCCGAGGCUGUUCUAGUCGUCUAUAUGAGUUUUCUGAGCAUGUGUUAUUGUAAUGCAUUCAAUUGACAUGGUGGCAGGGGCUUGGAACGCAGCGAAAGCUCAUCAAUGCUGUGUAAUUGGUGUCCUUCCCAUCAGGUGUAAUCAUUCCCUAUCCUGAAACAUCCAACGCUCGAACAUGCCCUCAACCCAGGGAACUAUCAGUCGCGGGGCUCGGGCAUCCCGUGUUUGGAUUGUGAAUAUACAUGGAAGAUCAGGGUUUCAUGUCUGCAAGGGUUUUCCAACGC